GUGACGUCCGCUCAACGGAGAUGCCUCACGUCCCUCGGGGGAAUUUUGAAAGCACAUAAAAGCUCUUCGGAUCUCAGGAGCUCGUACACACUUCCAUCCGGACUUGUUUGCACUGGGGAGCCGGGUAUCUCCGGGCCAGCCAAAAAGAUGACAUAUUAUAGACAACGAAAUACAAUGUCACUACCGUUUGUGAAGAAAGGGCCGAUGUACUUUGGGCCACGGUAUGUUCCACUCUAUGGGUCCAAAUAUCCUCUGUCCAUAUGCAUCCCAGCACAUGACGAACGCCGCUGUGCACCCCCUCGCCCUCCACCGUAUCCGACCACCAGGUAUCAACCUCGACGGGUAUCCGUGUGCCCAGAACCAACUACAACGAAGUACCCAGAAGUCAAUUUAACCAGGAAAUUAGCACGGGCAUCACUCAGGAGUCCGCGAUCUUUUUUGACGUAUAGCGGCAUGACCAGAGUUCGACAUGGUACCAUUGCAAAGGGGUUGGAAACCCAUGUAAACAGGAUCCCUCUGCCACAUAUGACUAAAGGCCCGGUAACAUAUUCAACCAAGACUCCAAAGCCCUAUGUGAACAAUGACCUGCUACCACAUUUGACCAAGGACCCAGUAUUAUAUUCAACCAGCACCCCAAAUCCAAGUGAGAAUAAAGUCCCCCUCCCACGUAUGACGAAGGGACCAGUAAUAUAUGCAACCAAGGGACCAGAGCCAUAUGUUACUAAUAGCUCACAGGUACGUGGGGCCAAGGGGAUACUGUCACGGGCAGCAAAGCACGCACUGUCACAGGUGAAAAAGAGCACAUCAGGGGCGGCCAGAGCUCCACGGCUAAUUUCAACAAAAGUCCCACGCUUAGGUAUAAUGAAACCUUCACGAUUAUGGCGGAAUAAAAUUUCGCAGUCACAAUCAAGCUUGACAAAGGGCUCCCAGCCCAACCUGGCAAAGGGCUCCCGGGUAAGCUUGGCAAAGGGCUCCCAGCCAUCCCUGAUUCCUACAGGCACUUACUCUUCCCCAAAGAAGCUUGCUAAGAAUGUAAAGAUCUCAACCACCGGUAAAAAAUAUUCCUCCGCGACCAAAUGGUUCUGAAGACCAUCAAAACCGAGGACUCCCCCUCCAAAAUGAAGACUUAGGAGUGGAUCAGUGGGAGCAGAUCUUUGUUCUUCCUGUUCCGUUCCAGGAAGAUUGAAGCCACUGGCUCAUAACCGAUUCUUGCCUUGUUAAUUUAUUAAUGUUAUUGUUUAAAUCCAUAGGUGUUGCCCCUUUUGUAGGUGCCUCUGUUACGACAGCGCACGUUAAUGCUGUGUGAUUUCAGAGCACGGUUGUUGACCUCUUUUGAACAAUGUUCUCCUACAUGUCCUGUUUCUACACACAAGUUUUCACAUGUCGUAUGUAAUUAAAUGAUUGUAUACAC